CUGCACCUUGAACGUCCGAUCUCCGAAGCGCAAUGGAAGCGAAGGAUUCGGAAAUCCCUUCUCCCUGCCCUUCGCACUCGCCCGCCUCAAAAGGUGCCGCAAAUGGUGGAAGCUGCCUCAGGUGCAUACUUCUGAACAAAUCCUGUGAUAUGUCUAGAGGCGCUUGCCAGAGAUGUGAGCAGGACUGGAAAGAACAUCCUGAGGAGUCCCUGGAUCGGUGGCUGCUCUGCUCAACGGAAGCCGAACUGACUGCCUCCUUCGCCGAGGGUUUCCGACCCCUCGUUCAGAUUGACCGGGACCUAUGUCGCACCUGGGCGGUGCAUACCGAAGAGGGCGCGUUUCUGCUAAAACUGAACUACACAGAAUGUGGUAGAAAGCUGAUGGCGCGAUCGACCAUCCGGGACCUUUCCGAAUUCGACGAACCCAGCGAAGAAGCCUCUUGCUUUGCAUUUCUUAGCCAGCUUAGGGACGUCCUGUCUGAAUGGGGCACUUUCUUCACACUCCACACGCAAAAUUUGCUGGUGGAUGCGGCUGACCUUCAGUGCAUCCUCUUGAGGUCGGCUGACGGCAAGAUCUGUGACAAGAAUUGCACAAUUCUGACCGCGCUUCGCUGCCUGUUCAUCAUUAACGACUUCUCUUGGGUCCAAAGCUUCAUGACACAUGGCAAUCGGUACCUUCUGGAGUGGGACUUUGACCACUAUAAGCGACUUCAACCUCCGUACGCCUUCGAGGGCAGUUCUGAACCAGAACCUUUCCUCGAAGUCUCAAAAUGUCCGGACGCGGACAUGCCCACUACCAAGGUCGACGAGGCCAACAACAUUCGCAUAUUACUACAGAAAGCCUUCGAGUCUGCACAAUCAUUGCUCCUUAGAGGUCGACCAAAAGAUUGGCCCGCUGCGUUUUACACGCUUCUCAUCUUGCAGUUGGUCCAAACCAUAUUAAGCGAAGCUGCGUCCUUCACCGAUGCCCUGGUACCAGCCGGGAUAGCUACGCGCAACGCAAUGUUGAACCUCGUGCAGCUCUUUUUGUAUUGCGCGGGAGAUACUCAUCCACUGGUUGAUGAACUCGACAAAGAGUGGUAUUCACUCAUUUUGGGUUCUGUCUCUGAGGCACAACUCAGACAUUAUGGCGAGCAACACGACAGGUUCGCUCAGAUGAGUGGGUCACUUCUACAACCUAAAUCUCAGAUACCCGACUAUAUACGUGGGGGGAGACUAAGUGAUUACAGGAAGUGAAGACGAUGUUGUCACCGACGAGACCGAGCUUGAUGAUGUUAUCCGAACGCUGGGCUGGUAUGCCCAAGGAUUCGACUAAGGAAUGGAUAUGUGGCCCUUUCCUGCCUUCAUGAAGUCGCGUGCAUCACGGCUCGCCUUCAGUGAAGGUGAACGCGAAUCUCGUGGCGCUCACCCGCCAGGAACCUAACCUUCCAGAAGGGCCUGGCUCGCUAUAGCAACAGGAUACCGCAAAGACUCUGAUUCUCAAAAAUAAGGCAGGGCAUAGGGCUGGGACUGAGGCGGUAAUAGGUGCUCCACUUUUAGAGUUCUCUGAUCCUUAGGUGUAGCAUAAAUACCCCAG